GAGGAGGAGGAAGAUGAAGAUGGAGGCGUCGAGGAAAGAGACCUAGGGAGCCGGAGAGUGAGAGGGCAUGGAAAGGGCAGGGGGCUUCCGAGGAUGAGGGCUCGCUCGCGGGGCGCAUAAGGGCCGGUCGCCAGGAAGCUCGACUUCCGUCUCUCUCUCCGGAGGCUGCGAACGGGGGUCUUUGCCGCGGGAUGCUGAGGAGGGGGCAGCUCCGGCUGUAAGCCCCCUCCUGACCCACCAGGAUGUGGACCGGAGCUGGCAGGGGACUCUGUCUGCUGGGAGCGCCGGGGCUUCUGCUGCUGCUGCUGCUACUGAGAGCAACUUGUAUGGCUGUGCAAUUUGUUCCUGCAAAAACCUAUGAGGACUGGUGGGCAUACAAAGAAACACUUCACGGAAGCUUUGUGCCAGGUCCUCCGUUCUGGGGUCUUGUGAAUUCAGCGUGGAGCCUCUGUGCCAUUGGCAAACGCCAGUCUCCUGUGGAUGUCAACACAAGUCAAAUGAUUUUUGAUCCCUUCCUGCCUCCUCUCCGACUGAGCAUUGGUGGAAAGAAGAUUAGUGGCACCAUGUACAACACCGGCAGGCAUGUCUCUUUUCGUCCAGAUCCGGUACAACUGGUUAAUGUUUCAGGAGGACCUCUGCCGUAUAGUCACCGGCUCCAAGAAAUAAGGCUGCAUUUUGGCAGUGAAGAUGGAUUUGGCUCGGAACACCGGAUAGAUGGUGACAGCUUUUCUGCUGAGGUGCAGUUGAUCCACUACAACCAAGAACUCUACCCCAAUAUUUCCGAGGCUUCACGCAAUCCCAAUGGUUUAGCUGUCAUUUCUAUCUUUGCCAAUAUUGGACCAAAUCCUAACUCUUUCCUGACCAGGCUGUUAAACCGAGAAACGAUUACCCGGAUCUCCUACAAGAAUGAUGCUUAUCUUCUACACGAUCUGAGUCUUGAAGACCUUUAUCCAGAAACAUUUGGUUUUAUCACUUACCAAGGAUCCAUGUCAACCCCUCCAUGCUAUGAAACCGCCACCUGGAUUCUCAUUGACCGUCCCAUCAAUAUUACCUCCGUUCAGAUUCACUCCCUUCGUCUUCUCAGUCAGAACCUCCCUUCUCAAAUUUUCCGGAGCAUGAGUGACAACUCGAGACCUCUCCAACCCCUUUUACACCGAAGCCUUCGGGGCAACCGAGACCCACGGCGCCCCACUAAACGUUGCAAAGGAGCCUCCUACAGGCUACAUGUUGAUGGAACACAAUCUCCCAAACCAAGCAUGUAGUUUUGGUGCAAGCUCCCGAACGUCUGAGUGUCUCCGUCACUCAAAAUUCAAUGUCCGACUGAGGAAACUGCAACCACCCAUCUCUGAAUGAUUUCCACAGCUUCCAUUGUGGGAAAGGCAACAUGUGGGGUACCAGGGAAGCAGGCUGGAAUACUUGCCUUGGGGUGUUUGGAAAACUCUGAUCACAAUAGGGUUGGGUUGCCAAAAGCUUAAACAAUGAAAUUAGGGUUAUUAAUUUGCAGAAUACGGCACGUCUUCCCCCCAAAGCUAUAGCCUAAUAUUUAAAGAUGGCGGGAACACCCAGAAGUGUGAGGACUAGAAUCUUUGCACUGCCUCCUUGCUAAAGCAAUGCUGUCUAUUCUGGAGAUCAAAUUUAUUCAAAAUCUCUAUUGGUCAUAAAUGUCAGGUGGAGGCAAUGUAACCCAAAUUAUAUACUGAGCUAAAGUGUAUCCGGCAGACAGAUGUAAUCCCAACACUGAAUGCACUUUAGAAAUGCAGAGGAAUAUCCUCAAUAAUGUCCUAGUGAGACCCCCAGUAUUAUUUGGGGACCUCAAUAUUCUGAGACCUGCAGGAGCCUUGGGAGUCAAAAUUAUAGUGGGAUAGUUUUCUCUGAUGCGUAAAAUGCCUUUAAUCUCAGGAAGUUUAAAAGGAGGGAACUGCAUUACAUGGUGUGUAACCCCACAAAGUCUAAGCUUCCAUUGCUCUUUUAAAGAAGAGUUAACUUGGAACUUUAAUCUGGGUAAAACUUGAGAGAAUCUGGGGUGGAAAACAAAUGUGAUAUCCCUCUCCACUCUAUCCUGGGGUGUGUGUGUGAGAGAGAACUGAUAAAAUAUGGAAUCUGU